AGCUCCCCACAUGCCCAGGCUGGAGAUGGGGGUGGCUGGGUGUUGGCAGUAUUCUCCCUCACAGCCAUGAUCUUACUAUAAGGAUGCAAGGUGGCAUAUUUGGAAGGUCCCUUUUAUAUAACCUGGGGACAGAGUCUAAGUGUGUCAUCGUACCCUGAGCUGUAAGGACCUAAGAGUCAGCUUCCAGAGCAGGGAGUAGACAUCCAAAGCCAUCUACGAGAAUGUUAAGUUUGGAAGCUCAAAAUACCAAAGACUCAUCUAUCUGGUCACCUGCCAUCAGAUUAACAAACCCUGUGAUCACAGGAUGGCUGCUUGAGCACCAGACAUUAAGGACAGGCCCAGUGAUAACCAGGAAUCAGAGAUGUGGCCUCUUGUCUUUUAAGGAAAAGAGAUCCAUGCCCAGAAAUCCCUGAAGAUUCCACACACCCACCCACAGUCGGGGACACAGUCUUUGGUGAGCUCUGAAUCCAGGCUCAGCUCUGAAGCCCAGCAGAGACGGGUCAUCUCAGCGUUCAGGAGGCUGAGGCAGGAGGAGCUCAGGUUUGAGGCCAGCCUGGGCCACACAGUGGGACUCUGUCACCUCUUGUCCCCCGCCCCAAAGGAAAGCCAUGUAAGCAGGAGCCCUGAGCUGUGUAGCCCAGGCCCAGCUCCCACCCUGGGCUAGAAUGGGGACCUCGGAACCCAUGGGUGGGCAUUCUCCUGUUGCUGUGGCAAUAACAGAUCCACUUAGGUGUUAAGGGAGUGAGGCUAAGGAGUUAGGAAGGGGAAGCACAUGGGGGAAGUUGGUAAACACCAGGCCGAUUUACUCAGCACCUCUGCCCUGGAGGCUAAGACUUCGAGUGGCUCAGAGCAUGAGCAGAAUGAUGACAGUCUGGGCGAUGGCACUUUGGCCCUUCAGAGCGGGUCAUUCGAGAGCCACUGGCUCCAGAGCUCCCAGGCCACCUCACGGCUAGUCUCGGAUGACACAGAGGAGGAGCUUCCCCCGGAGGAGGUGACUGUGGAAGAGCUCCCCGAGACCUCCGGCCUGAGUGACACUCUCGGGCGAGACCUGGAGGUAGAAGUGGUUGAAAUGAGUCAGCUGUCCAUCAGUGAGAGGACGCCCAGCAUCUCCACAGCCAAGCACAGGAGGAAGAAGGUCCGGAGGCUGUCAGAGCUGGCAAAGCCCAAGAUCAAUUGGCAAAGCAUGAGAGACAGGAUAAGGUGCUGUUGUCAGGGCUAUACGUGGACUUCCCCACGCAAGACCAACUUCCAGUUCUGCCUGUAUUGGCCUUCUGUAUACUGGACAGAGCGGUUUAUCAAGGACACCACCUUGGCCAUCACAGUCCCUGUGGUGUCCCGACGAGUGGAGGAGCUUUCGAGGCCCAGGAGGUUCUACUUGGAAUACUACAACAACAACAGGACCACACCCAUCUGGCCCAUCCCUCGACCCACGUUGGAGUACCAAGCUUCUAGCCGGCUGAAGCAACUGUCCACCCCGAAAGUUCGCAAUAACAUCUGGAGCAUUGACAUGUCGGAGAUUAACCAGGUGUCCAGAGCAGCCCUGAUGGCAGUCCCCAGCCCACGGACAAUUGAGCUGUCAAAGCCCAGGCCCCCAGCCAUGCUGUCGGAAGAGUGGGACCCUAUGCCAAAACCCAAGCCUCAAGUGUCAAACUAUAACCGCCUCCUUCGGCUGGCAACACCCAAGGCUCUGUCAGAAAAUUGUGUUCCUGACCGCAGUCCUCAGUGGGAGGUCCAGGAGGCCACCAAGAAAGCAGUGGCCAGUUCACGGAUCAUCUCCCUGGCCCAGCCCAAAAUUCGAAAGGACCUCAACGAGGGCUACAACCCGUACUACAUCUCCCCGGCCUCCCUGGUAGCCAAUCCAUCUCCUCGUAUUUUUGAGCUUGCCAUCCCAAAAUAUAUCACCAAGAAAGUGUGA